CAUAUGAGCUAGUGCAGAGCGCAUGACAGUGGUGCGUAUAUAAUAUCAAGGAAAUAUCUGCGAGACGGGGGUACAAAAUCGAAGUGGCGUGCCCAUCUCAUCUCUGACCGACCCUCUCCUCUCUAAGAAGCAAGAGAGGGAUCAGAUCACAGAGGUCACACGGUGACGCGUGAAAAGGCGGGACAAUUAAAGGGCACCAGCGAGCGAGAGAGUCAAGAAUCAGAUGGGCCCCAAGCCCUUCAGCAGAAGCAACGCCCGGAAGAGAAACCUUUGCCGCCACUCGAGCUCGAACCAAGCCGGGAGCAAGCAAGGCCACGUCACGAGCGGUUCUUGCUUGCAAGCAUCGGCUGCCGUUCGUCGAUCAGUGCCGGCGCCGGCGCCGGCGCGAGCUAGCCUACUGCCUUCCGUGAUGGGCGGCGGCGGCGGGCGGCCGACGACGACAUGGAGGGAGGUGGCCGCGGCAGCGGUGGUGAUGUGGUUGCUCCCGGUGGUCCUGACGCUGGCGGUCUUCUGGCUGCCGCUGCUCUGCUGCGCCGUGGCCGCCGUCCGGUUCCGGCGCGUGAGGUCGAGGAGGUUGCUGCGAGGGUGCUGCGGAGGUGGAGGAGGUUGGCGGGCGGAGACGGUCGACGCCGGCGAUCGGCUGCGGCUGCUGCACCAGUACCUCGAGGACCAGAUGGAGCUCGUCGGAGCCGACGACGCAGGGGCGCUCCUUGAUCCAGCAAAACCGCAGUGAAAGAAAUAUCCUUUUCAAUUUCUGUUGCAAUUUGUAGCACGUAAAUGUGUAGUAGCAGACUAGCAGUUGCCAGAUGCUGAGAUGCCAGCCAGAGAAUUUGCUUGUGCCUGGUGAAGUAUCAAGAGCUAAACCUCUUUUCUUUUUUUUCACCAACAAAACAGGGAAAGCAAUGCAAUUUCGUCUUCUGUUGUUGACUUGCAGUUCGUUCUGCUAA